AUGAAAAUUCUUUUACCAGUAAAUUCUGGUGCAAAGAAGAGGCUGCUUUAUAUUUUGAUUGCGGCAUUCUCUUUUGGCACCGUGAAGGCGGCUGUGCAUGAAAAUGUAGCAUAUUUUCUUGCCGCUGGCGUCGGAGUAUCAGCGGUAUGGGCUUUAUAUGAAAGAAUGAGCAAGAAUGGUUUAAAAAAAGAAGCAGAUCUACUUCAAGGUGAAGUCAAUUCAUAUAAAUCUGGUGAACAUAUAAAAGAAUAUUGGGCCAAUACUUUAAGUGCAGUAACCAUCUGGGAAAAAUUUUUGGAAGACUUCAAGAAUGUGGUUAAUUCAAAUAAGACUCAGGGUGAACUAGCUGAAUAUCUGAUCAAUAGUAUUAUAGGUCAAGCCAAGCAUUAUAAUCUAACUAUAGAUGAAUUGAGACAAAAAAUUGCCAAAGGCAUAAGCGAUUUAGAUACUAGAGUUAAUACGUUAUCUGCUCAAAGAGAAUGUAUGAAGCCAAGAUCAGCAUUAUUGGAUCUCGUGGAAAAAGCUUUAGAAAGAACCGCUCUUAAUUUGAGACAUUUAAAUGAAUAUGCUGCUUUUCUUGAAGAGCAAAAAGCUUAUGUGGAACUUUUGUCAUUUAUUGAACAAGGACUCGAGCAAGAAUAUGCUAAAGAAAUAGAAUAUUCCCACGUUGAGAUUGCUUAUCGAGAUAAAGCUAUUGAUCAAAUCAUAAAAACAAAAAGUAAUCAAGUUUUAUUCCCUUACUUAUUUUAUGCACAAGAUUUGAAAUUUAAGGUAGAUAAAUUAUCCAAACUUUUAAAUAACCUAUCUGGCUUUAAAUCAUAUCCAUUCCAAGAAAAUCCAUUAGUUAUCGUAACUCGCAAAGAUCAACAACCUGCGAUUCAAACUACACAAGAUUUAAAAGGAAAAUCUGUUAUA